AUGCUAAUGUUGCGGCGCAGGAGAACUCAUAAUUUGCGGGUUUCAUUCCGUUAUUGUUGCGGCGCAGCAGAACUCGUGAAUUUGGGAUUGUUGCGGCGCAGGAGAACUCGUGAAUUCGGGAUUGGGGUUUCAUUCCGUUUACGCAGGUUUUGUGAUAUGCCGAAGGAUUGGAUGGAUCUACCGAGGUAUAGUGAAGAGUAUAUCAAUAGUGUUAUUAGUUUCUUAGACUUUGCAUACUCUGAGGGAGAACCAGAAGGACAACAAAUUCAAUGUCCUUGUAAGAGGUGUUGUAACAUUGAGUGGUAUAGAAGAGAUGUGGUAUUUGACCAUUUAGUCACUGAAGGAUUUGUUAAGGGAUAUAGAACAUGGAUUAAUCACGGGGAAUGGACAAUCCCAAUGGUGGUUGAUGAUGACACGGAUGAUGAAGAAGGUGCAUGCGAUGAUAUCGAAGGACUGCUUAAUGAUGCAUUUGGAGAUGUGCCUCACGCUGAGGCUGUUACUGUAGGCCAAAAUGAGGAGGCUAAAAAGUUUUACAAUUUAAUAGAUGGGGCAAGUCAAGAGUUAUACCCGGGUUGCAAGAAAUUUUCUACAUUAUCUUUUACCAUCCGUCUGUACUUAUUAAAGUGUUUGCACGGUUGGAGCAAUGCAUCCUUCACUUCCCUUCUUGAGCUAUUGAAAGAGGCAAUGCCUGACAUUAACAUACCUUCAUCUUUCCAUAAGACAAAGGCUAUGAUAAGAGAUUUAGGUCUAGAUUAUAAAAAAAUUGAUGCUUGUCCAAAUGAUUGCCUCCUGUAUAGGAAAGAGCUAAAGGAUGAAAAACAAUGUCGUGUGUGUGGAACUUCUCGAUAUACCAAAAAUUCUAGUGAUAAUAGCGAGAAUCAACGUCACAAGAAAGGUCGUUCUAUUCCUGCAAAUACUCUAAGAUACUUUCCUAUAAUUCCAAGACUUCAAAGAUUAUUUAUGUGCUCAAAGACGGCAGCUAGUCUGAGGUGGCAUGAUGAGGAGCGCGUUAAAGAUGAGACGUUAAAGCAUCCUGCUGAUGGCCUGGUAUGGAAGAGCUUUGAUAAAAUGGAUGAAGACUUUGCAAAAGAAUCACGCAAUAUUAGACUAGGCUUGUCAAGUGAUGGGUUCAACCCAUUUCGUAGCAUGAACAUUUCAUGGAGCAUGUGGCCUGUGAUGUUAAUGGUAUACAACUUACCUCCGUGGAUGUGCAUGAAACCUGAAUAUUGGGUCGAAACUUAUGAUGCAUCAAAGAAUGAGACCUUUCAAAUGUGGGCAGCUCUUUUGUGGACAAUCAACGAUUUUCCUGCAUAUGCUAUGUUGUCCGAGUGGAGUACAAAGGGAAAAUUGGCUUGUCCUUGUUGCAACAAAAAUACCUCUUAUCUACAACUAAAACAUAGUCGGAAGAUAGUUUAUAUGGACCAUCGUGUCUUUUUACCCAUGGAUCAUCCAUGGAGAACCAAUACAAGGUCUUUUAAUGGGAAACAGGAAUUAAGACCCCCUCCACCUGUUAUUGAAGGAACGGAAAUUUUUGAGAUGCUACAAAAUAUUGAGAAUGUUUUUGGGAAGAAGCAAACUACAUCAAAUAGUUUUCCAUGGAAUUGA